AUGAGCCAGCAGCUUCCCCCCGACGUACUGAACCUCAUCGACUCCGCCCUUACCGAAGACCAGGCGUUCAACGACCCGACGACCCACAGCCUGGUGCCCGACAGCAUCGUCGGCAGCGGGAUGCUGCGCGCGAAGGCCGACGGCGUGCUGGCCGGCGCACACGUGGCGUCUGCCGUGUUCCACCGCAUCGACCCGGACCUGGACGUAGAGCUCCUGCUUGAAGAGGGCUCUCCGUUGGAGCCUGGAACGGACAUCGCCACCGUAUACGGGUCGGCGGCCUCUAUCCUGCGGGCCGAACGCACAGCCCUCAACUUCCUGCAGCGCAUGAGCGGCAUCGCCACGGCCACCAACCACUACGUGCGCGCCGUGGCCGGCACCGAUGCCCGUAUCGUGGACACCCGCAAAACCGCCCCCGGCCAUCGCUACCUGGACAAGUACAGCGUCCGCAUGGGCGGCGGGCACAACCACCGUCUGAACCUGGCCGACGGUAUCCUCAUCAAGGACAACCAUCUGGAAGCCCGGGCGUCGCUGGAAGAGCCGUUGGGCGCCGUGGUGCGUCGCGCCAUUUCCCUGGCCUCACACACCAUCCGGGUGGAAGUGGAGGUCGAAUCGCUGGAUCAGGUAAGGGAGGCCGUGGACGCCGGCGCCCACAUCAUCAUGCUCGACAACAUGGACGUGCCGACGAUGCGGGAAGCGGUUGGCAUCAUCGCUGGCCGGGCAUCGAUCGAGGCGUCCGGCGGCAUUACGCUGGCCACUGUCCGCGAGAUCGCCGAAACCGGCGUCGACCUCAUCAGCGUCGGCGGGCUAACCCACUCGCCCGACGCACUGGACAUUUCCCUGGACCUGGAGUUUCCGGGGUAG